UAAUAAAAUAUGUAGAGAAACGUCCAGAAACCGUUUUCCCGCACUUAAAUAAUUUAUUUGGAAAAUUUUGCAAUGCCAGUGGUUAUAUAGUCAACAUUUUUAUAAUUACAUUAGGAAGAUAAGAUGAAUAAUACACAGUCAUUGUUUAAUCAGCAAUACGGUUUUUCUCAAUGGAAACAGGCGGAUAGUGUAAUGCACCAUUUACAUUGCGAAUAUGAAGUUUCCGAUUUCCCAUUAGUGGAUUCUUCCAUGUUUGCUUGUAAAAGUGCAGUAAAAGAUGGAAACGAACAUUUUGUUGGUAUGGCAAACGAAGACGGAACACUGGCAGUAAUAGAUUGUGAAACCAAAGAAAAACAUAGUACACUAGCACACAAUAAUGCAAUAUUCGACUUGUCAUGGAUGUUUGAUCAAAUGCAAAUUGUUACUGCAUCCGGAGACCACACAUCCAAACUGUUUGAUUUUGGUGACGGUGAUUUCAGGCAAGUCAGAUUGUUUUGUGGUCAUAGUCGUUCAGUUAAAACAGUAACUUUUCGUAAAGAGGAUUCAAGCGUGUUUGCAACAGGUAGUAGAGAUGGUAACAUUAUUCUGUGGGAUACAAGGACAGAACAGCAUAGCUUUAUUGGAGUACCGGAUAGGAUUAUUUUAAACUCACAUGCAGGGAAAGAUACACAUACACCAAGUAAAUCGAGGAAAAAGUUACAAUCUUGUGUCAAUUCAGGAAUAAAAAGCGUUACAGGCCUAGUGUUCCAGGACUACAACACACUAAUUUCAUGCGGUGCUGGAGAUGGUAUGAUUAAAGUUUGGGACCUCAGAAAAACCUAUUCAACUUUAAAAAAAGAACCUCUUCCUAAAUUUACCAUACCUUACACGGGAAGAACGGCAAAAAAUGGUUUUAGUAACUUAGUUAUUGAUAGUUCAGGUACAAAAUUAUAUGCAAAUUGUUUAGAUAACACAAUAUAUUGUUACAACGUAGCCACAUACAAUGUUAUGCCAGUUGCGAAGUAUACCGGACACCAGAAUAGUUCAUUUUAUAUCAGGUCUUCUUUAAGCAAAAAUGACAAAUAUUUAAUCAGUGGCAGUAGUGAUGAAAAUGCUUAUAUUUGGAACUUGAAGUAUUCGGAGCCAAUAGUAAAGCUUGUAGGCCAUAGUGCAGAGGUAAGCACAAUAAUACCUAAAUAAUAAUUAAGAAACAAG